UGCCUUGCUAACGUAGGGAUCUACCCUACAGAUACUCGUGAUGAGCAGCGUAGGCAGAGAUUUCUGCCAUGGACACCAGAACAACAUUAUCAGGCAGAUUUGACUAGAUCAUUCUUAAUGGAUCCCAUAGAACAUUGGGUAGGCAAAUCUGUACUAGGACCUGCUAUUUUCCACGAAAAUCUGAUCAGCAUGCAUCAUCUCGGUCCUGAGCAGAUUCGACUGAUCGAUGGGCUAUUGUAUGGCGUUGCUGCUGGCCUAUGGAAUCGAACCGCUGUUACUGUGGACAAGGCACUCAGAUCACCGGAAUCAAAAGCAGUUUGAUU